GCGGAGGUGCCGGCAGAAGGCCCCCCGGGCGGCGGGUGCAGAUCCCACUCUCCACCACUCCGAUCCCGACUCUUCUGGAAACUUCGGGCCGGUCCUGCAGCCCCGCCGCUUAACAGCCGGCCCCACCCCGGAAGUCCUGCCCCGCCGCGAGGCGGGCCCGGGCGAGCGGCCCACCAAUGGCUGUUCGGGAGGGAGAGGCACUUGGCCAAUCAGCGCCCGCCUCCUCCACCCGCAUUGAGCGCAGGCCCCGCCCCGCAGAGCGCGGGCGGUGGCUCCCGCCCCGCCCUGCCCAGCGUCUGCCUCGCGUCGCGCCUGCGCGCCGCGCGGUUCCCGCCCUCGGAGGUACCGAGCUCCACCGGCACAGUGAUGCGUGUCUGCUGGCUCGUGGGGAAAGAGGAAUGCACUCAGCGAGUGAAACUGCCCCACUUGGAAGCUGUGGUGAUUGGGCGUGGCCCAGAGACUGGGAUAACGGAUAAGAAGUGUUCACGGCAGCAAGUUCAGUUAAAAGCAGAUUGUAACAAGGGAUAUGUCACAGUUAAACAGAUAGGGGUCAACCCGACUAGUGUUGAUCUUGUGAAUAUUGGCAAGGAUGAAGUGGUGAAAAUGAAGCCAGGCCAAAUUCUGCAUAUUGUGAAUAACCUUUACCCCUACACGGUGCAAUUUGACGAAGAGUCUGGGACAACUGUUCCAAAAGCAGACAAAAUACUACAUGAGGACUCUUGUGAGAAUGAUGAUACAGAGCCUGUGCCCAGAAAAACAAUGAAGUUGGAGGUGGUGGAUACACAAGGCAGUUCUACAAAUCCCAAGCUAAGCAAUACCAGUGUAUCUACACAUGAGGGAACUUCAAGCAAAAAGGAACAUUUGGGACACUGGAGUCAGGGUCUAAAGAGCUCCAUGCAAGAUCCAAAAAUGCAGGUUUACAAAGAUGAAAAGACUGUAGUCAUCAAGGAUAAAUAUCCCAAAGCUCGUUACCACUGGCUUAUCUUACCAUGGGACCCCAUUUCAAGCCUGAAGUCAGUCACCAGGGACCAUCUUGAACUCCUGGAACAUAUGCAUGCUGUUGGGCAAAAAAUGAUUGAACAAUGCCCUGCCAGAGAGAGCCUGGAGUUCAGACUGGGUUAUCAUGCUAUUCCCAGUAUGAGUCAGCUGCAUUUGCAUGUAAUCAGCCAGGAUUUUGAUUCUCCAGCCCUCAAAACCAAAAAGCACUGGAAUUCUUUUACUACAGACUACUUCUUAAACUCUGAAGAUGUGAUAGAGAUGGUAAGAAGCAAGGGAAAAGUGAUAGUGAAAGACCAUACCUCUGAACUUCUCAAACUUCCCCUCAGAUGCCAUCGCUGUAAACAACAACUGUCCACAAUCCCACAGUUAAAGGAACAUCUUAGGAAACAUUGGCCAAAGUGAUUUUUCGAAAAAUCAUCUUUCAAUCUGUCUUCAGAUUUCAAGCCAACACAAAGACCACAAAAUGUUAACAGAAAUGUAUGUUUAUUAACUGGAAUGACAAAUGUAAUGUGGGGAAAAGUAACCUGGAAACACCAGCAUGCUAAUUUAGUAAUAACUCCAACAAAAACCCAAGCCCUCUUUUUCUUCCCUACUAAAAAUAUAAAUAAAGUGACUUCUGAAAUUGAA